AUGGCUAACAUUCAAUCUUCUCAGACUUCUACCAACUACAAAGAAGCCUUCUCUCUGUACGACAAGCGUGGCAGUGGCCGUGUCGCCCUCGAAUCUCUCGGUGAUCUCCUCCGUGCUUGCGGGCAAAAUCCUACUUUGGCAGAGAUCAGAGAUUUGGAGAAGAACGUCGGCGGUGAUUUCGACUUCGACUCAUUCAGCAAAGUCCUCAAUCGACCAGGUGGUUUCAGAGAUCCCGGUGAACCAGAAGAAUACUGUCGAGGUUUUCAAGUGUUUGAUAAAGACAUGACCGGGUUUAUCGGCGUGGGUCAACUACGAUACAUAUUGACAAACCUGGGUGAAAAAAUGAGCGAUGAAGAAGUUGAUGAACUCCUCAAGGCCGUCGACACCAGCAGUGGCGAGAUCAACUACAUGGAGCUCGUCCGCACCAUUCUUGCCAACUAA